CGGGCAUCUUUUACUUCCGGUUGUGAAAUUAAGGCGACUGAGCUGUCAACAGUCAAGUUAAUUUUUAACUAACGGGAAAAUAAAAACGGAAAUCUGCUCAAGAAAUAUUGUGUAUGGUUGUGUAAAGUAGAGAAUAAAUGCCAAAGAAGUUUAAGGGAGAGAACAGCAAGGCAGCUGAGGCCCGAGCCAGAAAGGCGUCAGCUCAGGCCGAGGCUGCCGAGAGAAAACAGCAGGCCAUAGAAGAUGAAUACUGGCGGGAUGACGACAAGCAUGCACUGAAAAAACAGCAAAGGAAGGGUGAAAAGGAGAAGAAAAGACAUGAACAGUUAGAAAGGAAAAAGGAACUUCAGAAACUUCAUGAUGAGGAAAUGGCAUCCAUUAAAAAGUCUGGUCCAGUUCCUCAGACCAAAGUCACUCGAGCUGAAAUAGAUAGGCACAAGGAGUCAGAGCAGAAGGCCAGACAAGAAGCUGCUAAAAAGCAGAUGAAAGAAGAGGAGGAGCCACCUAUAGAAGAGAAUUUAAAUCGACUCCAGAUCGAGGGUCACGAGGCCAGAUCUGUCACAGAGGCUCUGUCAGUCUUAAGCGACAAACCUGAAGAGGUGGAUCUGCAUCCAGAAAAGAGACUGAAAGCCGCUUACAAAAAGUUUGAGGAUGCCAACCUCCCCACCCUAAAGCAGGAGAACCCCAACAUGAAACUGUCACAGCUUAAACACAUGCUCUGGAAAGACUGGCAGAAAUCCCCGGAAAAUCCACUAAACCAGAGGAAAGCAGCCUCAUGAUGGAGAGUGGCUAUGUCACACGAUAUAAUCCCUAAGCAGAUUCAGUUUAAGUGCUACCAGCCAUCUAGUGUAGAAGCAAAAUAAACAAAAACAACAUUGUCAUGGAUUGUUAUCUAAAUGUGUAAAACUUCUUACAAUGUAAUUAUACAUUAUGUAUGCAUGAUUAAACAUGUGGUGAAUCUUUUUUUGGGUUAGGGUUUCAAGGAAAAACUGCAUUUGAAUAGUAAAUAAUUAUAUUUUACGUCAAGUGGUGCUCUAGAAAAUUUAAAAAUGUUUUAUUUAUACAUUACUGUCCUUGGGUACAGUUAACGUCUACAAUAAUAUUUGACUGGAAAAGAAUUUAAAAUUGGAAAAUUCCCUACAUAAACAAGUUUAAUUACCAGUAAAUGCAAUAUUUGUUUCUUUUGAAGUGAUAAUUGCAUGCAGUACUGUAGACAUUUAACAUAUUGUUGAUGUCUCUCCGAUUCAAAACAAAUGUAAAAAUUUCCAUGCAUCAAAGUGUCAACGUUCCUUUGACUAAAAAAAACAAAACA